AUGUCUGUCAACAUUUUUGGUGAUCAAGUUGUUGAGGAGCGUGCUGAAAAUGCCCGUCUUUCUGCUUUUGUCGGCGCAAUUGCUGUCGGUGAUCUCGUCAAAUCUACUCUCGGCCCUAAGGGUAUGGACAAGCUGCUACAAUCCGCUACAAGCGAUCAGUCUCUUGUGACAAAUGAUGGCGCCACCAUCCUCAAGUCUAUUCCAUUUGAUAACCCAGCAGCAAAGGUUCUUGUCAAUAUUUCGCGUGUCCAGGAUGAUGAGGUUGGUGAUGGUACUACAUCUGUUACUGUUCUUGCCGCUGAGCUGUUGCGUGAAGCUGAGAAGCUUGUUGAAAAGAAGAUCCACCCGCAGACUAUUAUUGAGGGCUACCGUCUGGCAUCCCAAGCUGCGCUGGCCGCGCUCGAAAAGUCUGCAGUCGAUUCAUCUGCAUCACCUACCAAGUUCCGUGAGGAUCUCAUCAAUAUUGCCAAAACUACACUCAGCUCUAAGAUUUUGGCUCAGGAUAAGGAACACUUUGCCAAGCUGGCUGUGGAUGCAGUUUUGAGACUCAAGGGAUCAACCAACCUUGAACAUAUUCAAAUCAUUAAAAAGGCUGGCGGCCGGUUAGCCGAUUCAUACCUUGAUGAGGGUUUCAUUCUUAACAAGACUUUUGGUGUCAAGCAACCCAAAAAGAUUACCAAUGCAAAGAUUCUUAUUGCUAAUACUCCUAUGGAUACUGACAAGGUUAAGAUCUUUGGCGCCAAGUUCAAGGUGGACGCCACAAGCAAGCUUGCUGAUUUGGAACGUGCAGAGAAGCAAAAGAUGAAAGAGAAGGUGGAAAAAAUCAAGGCACAUGGGAUCAACUGUUUUGUCAACCGACAACUGAUUUACAACUGGCCCGAGCAGCUUUUUACCGAGGCUGGAAUCAAUUCUAUUGAGCAUGCAGACUUUGAAGGUGUCGAGCGACUGGCUCUUGUCACAGGCGGUGAGGUUGUGUCGACAUUUGACCACCCAGAAUCCGUGAAGUUGGGCCACUGCGAUGUGAUUGAGGAGGUGCUUAUAGGUGAAGACACAAUGAUUAAAUUUUCUGGCGUUGCACGCGGUGAGGCUUGCACCAUUGUGUUGCGAGGCGCCACAGAGCAAGUGCUUGAGGAAGCAGAACGCUCUCUACACGAUGCGCUUUCAGUUUUGUCACAAACAACAGUGGAAACACGUACUGUUCUUGGUGGCGGGUGCUCGGAAAUGAUUAUGUCGAUGGCUGUGGAUCGUGCUGGUCAAAAUGCAGAUGGCAAGAAGUCGCUUGCAAUUGAAUCAUUUGGAGUUGCGCUGCGCCAACUGCCGACCAUUCUUGCAGAUAAUGCUGGGUUUGACUCGAGUGAACUUGUGGCCAAACUGCGAUCAGCCAUUUACAAUGGUAUGAGCAUGUCUGGACUGGACCUGAACAACGGAACCAUUGGAGAUAUGCGUGAACUUGGGAUUGUUGAGAGUUACAAGCUAAAGCGUGCGGUUGUGUCGAGUGCUUCUGAGGCCGUGGAGCUUUUGUUACGUGUGGACAAUAUUAUUCGUGCCAAGCCACGUACUGCUGACCGUAACGCUUUUUAA